AUGUUCACAUCAACCCUACCCACAGGUCAUAUUUUCUUUCCGAGUCUGUUAGAUCUUACAGAGCUGAAUCCGCUCAUCACCUGGGCCCUUUCAGUGAUUUUGGAUUUGAUCCUCCUCGCGCUGAACCAUCGUUGUCAAAGUAUCACCGAUAGCAGACCCAACGCGCCCCAGCUCUGUUUCGCGCCCAGGGAGAGCGUCACAAUUGGCUGUCAUUUAGCGGACACCCUGGUCAACCUGCUGAAUCACAUAGAGGACCUGCAGAGUCUGGGCUCUCUGCCCACUCUGCUCUCCCUCCUGGUCCGUUGUCAGGAGCUCCUGCAGAAACUGGCCAACGCGGAUCCACUU